CUGCUGUGUCACGUGUUUGUGCUGCAGCUGUUCGUCAGAGAACCUGAGGAGCGGCUGGGAGUGAAGGGAAACAUCAGGCAGCACGGUUUCUUCCGCAGCACCGACUGGAACGCCCUGGAGCAACGGCAGGUGGUGCCGCCCUUCAGGCCAACCUUAACGUCUCCCAGCGACUGCAGCAACUUUGACAAAGAGUUCAUCAACGAGAAGCCUCGGCUGUCGUGCGCCGACCGGACUCUCAUCAACAGCGUCGACCAGACGAUGUUCAGGAACUUCUCCUUCGUCAACCCGGGGAUCGAUCGCAUCGCAGCGCGUUGACCCCCUGACCUCCCGACCAACAACCUACUACCUACAAACCAGCCGCUCGGUCACGACCAGCACUUCACUGCAACUACAACUAAACUGAAGACGAUGAAUGUCACAGAUCUCGACUGUCUCCACGAACAUAACUGUGAUGAACAUGACUGGGUUCACGGCACACGAACACACAAACACGUCUCUCCGCAUUUUAAAAUAAAAACUCAAAUAAGCCACGAAAAAGUUUCGGAAACAACGAAAAAAACUUCUGUGUUGAGGCAAAGAAGAAAAUCAGAGACUCUUAACACAUAAAAUCAUAAAUUCACCUUCGUUACAUCAUGAUACUUCACAUGUACUUCAUCAAAUCCACGAAGGAAUCAUUUAGACUUUAUUUCAAUUACCUUUUAUAGGCAUGUAAUGAAUAAUCUGUAGAAUCCUCACCUUCGAGCUGUUUAUCGAUAGAAAACGUGUUUGUAAUAAUUUGAUGGUGCCUCUUGAUAAUUUAUUCACCUCCUGUGGUUCGACUGAAAAGAAAUCUUUAGUCCUGUUAUUGUUUUUUUCUUUUGCCUCCACUCGUUUUUUAACACGUUAACAACAUCUGUAGAUAAACUUUACCGUCGCUGGAAUAAUCCUGUUACUGUGCAGCAGAGGUGACUCCCACAGUUACCUCUGGAGUUUUAAUGAUGCCGUUAUUUGAAUGAGGUACGUAGAUCCCUGGAUACUGCAGUUUUUCAAUCAUGUACAAUAAA